AUGUCUAAGGUUGUGCGCAGCGUCAAGAACGUCACAAAGGGAUACUCCUCGGUGCAGGUCAAGGUUCGAAAUGCUACCAGCAACGAUCCAUGGGGCCCGACGGGCACUGAUAUGUCCGAAAUUGCCGCUAUGACUUUCGGAAGCCCGAAUGAAUUCUACGAGAUCAUGGACAUGAUCGACAAGCGACUCAAUGACAAGGGAAAGAACUGGCGACACGUUCUGAAGUCGUUAAAGGUCUUAGACUACUGUCUCCACGAGGGCUCAGAAUUGGUGGUGACUUGGGCGCGAAAGAAUGUCUACAUCAUCAAGACCUUGCGCGAAUUCCAAUACAUCGAUGAAGAAGGACGGGAUGUUGGCCAGAAUGUGCGCGUUGCGGCGAAGGAAUUGACUGCGUUGAUUCUGGAUGAGGAUCGUCUUCGGAGCGAACGAUCCGAUCGCAAGCUUUGGAAGACUCGAGUGCAUGGUCUGGACGAAGGCCAUGGCGGCGGAUACGGUGGGGGCUACGGAAACGAGCCUCCUCCUCGCCGACGACACGCACCCCAGGGUGACGAGGACGACACCGAGUACCGACUAGCCAUUGAGGCUAGCAAGGCUGAAGCUGAGGAGGAGCGCCGACGUCGGGCCAAGAAAGAGACCGACGUCGAUGAUGCAGAUCUUGCCAAGGCCAUCAAGCUGAGUCGGGAGGAAGAAGAGUUGCGGAGACGCGAGUUAGAAGAAAGCAACGCCCAUGCGCUCUUUGACGAUACACCUGCUGAAGUUCAGCCGACUGGUUUCAACCAGGGCUAUCAGCAGCAGGGUGCCGUCGACUGGUUUGGCAACCCGAUCCACGCUCAGCAGCCAAUGACGACCGGUUUCCUAAACAAUCAAUACGCCCAACCCACUGGAUUCCAGCCCCAGGCUACGGGCAUGAAUCCCUACCAAAAUGGUUUCCAACAGCCUUCUGCCUUCGACCAAAACCCUUACGGCCAGCCUCAAGGAGGACUCCAUCCUCAACAAGCCGCUUUCAGCACGAACAACCCAUACGGCGCAAACGAUGCCUUCGCCCAGCAAGGCCAGCAACAACCUCAGCAACAGCCCCAUGAAAAUUACCAGUCCGCUGGAAGCAACAACCCAUGGUCUUCGAACCAGCCGGCCGCUGCGAUUAAACCCAUGCCCACUGGCUCCAACAACCCAUUUGCCCAGCGUACCCAAUCUCAUUUCACCGCUCCGCCAAAGACAGGCCCACCAUCUCUUAACACCCUGGCAGAGGACCGCGCAACAAAUCAAUUCAACAACCAAUACAGUCAGACUUCCAGCCAAUUCUCCCAAGCGAACCAGCACCAAUUUAGCCAACCCAGCCAGCCAAAUCCCAUUGCCAACUUCCAGCCUCCUCAGCCCCCAAAGAGCACCCCACCUCAGACAUCAGACCCUCACCAUGCUCGCUUGAACGCACUUCUUGCUUCCGGAGAGGGCCAAGAUACCUUUGGAAACGUCGGAGAGCUCCGUAUUCCAGCCCAGCACACUGCCCCAGGUACUUUCGUCAACUCCGCCGGUCAGGGUCUGGACCGUCUCCAUGCUGCCCACACGGGCAACAACCCCUUCUUCACUCAGCAGUACACUGGGGUGCCCCAGCAGACUGGCUUCGUUCAGCAGCACCAGCACCCCGCCAACAACCCCUGGGGAGCGUCCCAGCAGCAGCAACAGAAUGGCGGCAGCUUGAUCGAUCUGUAG